AUGGGUAAUCCGCUCCUCCCCUAUCUCAUCCCCUCCUCCCCUCUCUCAUCCCCUCCUCCCCUCUCUCAUCCCCUCCUCCCCUCACUCUUUCCUCCCUCCCCUCUCUCAGCCUCUCCUCCCCUCUCUCAUCCCCUCCUCCCCUCUCUCUUGCCGUCCUUCCCUCUCGCUUCCCGUCCGCCCCUCUCUCAUCCCGUCCUCCUCUCUUCCGUCCCCCCUCUCCUCUCUUCCCGUCCUCCCCCUCUCAUCCCGUCCUCCCCUCUCUCAUCCCGUUUCUCCCCCUCUCUCUUCCCCUCCUCCCCCCCUCAUCCCCCCUCCUCUCUCAUCCUCUCCUCCCCUCUCUCAUCCCUCCUCCCCUCUCUCAUCCCCUCCUCCCCUCUCUCAUCCGUCCUCCCCUUUCUCAUCCCGUCCUCCCUUCUCUCUUCCCGUCCUCCCCUCUCUCUUCCCCGACCGCCCCUCUCUCAUCCCGUCCUCCACUCUCUCAUCCCGUCCUCCCCUCUCUCAUCCCCUCCUCCCUCUCUUAUCCCCUCCUCCUCCCCUUUCUCAUCCCCUCCUCUUCGGAGAUAA